CUGUGUUCUGCUGUGUUCGAGUGUGUUAACCUGUCUCUUAAAAGGAAAGCAGCCUAAAUCUCUCUAUCUCUCUUCCACAGUGGACCCUCACUCCUCAAAGCUCACUCUUGUGUGCCAAUUACAGCUGACUUUUCAGUUCUUGGUUUUGAUCUGCAUUGGUUAAUAUCGGUCUUCGUGACGUAGAGCAACAUUCCAUGCUCGAGAAUACGAUUUGAUUUGUAUAAUCUUUAUAGUGUGUAGUAUUUCUGUCAUUUGAUCUCUAAUUAAAGUCCAUCCAACAAUACAUUACAGUACUUAAAGAAAACAGACAAUGUCUACAAACACAGCUGUAUUCAGAAUUUGGAGAAAAAGUAAUCCUAUGAUUACAUAUCUAUGGAAAUCGCAUGAGAUUUUUCAAACCCAAAGAACAAUUUGCGUUUCUGCAAAAAACGGAUAUCAUUUUAGUGAUGUCACUCAAGCGGAAAAUAAAAUAGCAGUAAAUCAGAAAACAGACUGGAAUAAAACAAUGUCAGAGGCAGAAAAGAUUGUUGGAUAUCCGACGUCUUUCUUAAGUUUAAGGUGGCUGUUGAGCGAUGAGAUUGCAAAUGUUGCAUUACACUUAAGAAAGCUGGUUGGCACAACUCAUCCCUUACUAAAGACAGCCAAGAACUUGUUUAUUUAUAAUGGACGUAAUGCACAAGCAUUUGGUCUUAUUGUGUUGUUAAUCUCUAAAGCUGCUGGCCAUUUAAAUGCAAAACCAAUAGAAGAAGAUAAAGCUGCAGGUGUAUUACACAGCCAAAGAGUAUUGGCCGAAGUUACACAAAUGAUAUGCACUAGCAACUUGGUACACAAAGGUUUGGAAAAUAUAAAUACAAAUGAAUCUUUAGAAUCAUUGGAGUUGAACACCAUGUCUUUUGGCAAUAAAAUAGCAUUGUUGUGUGGUGAUUACUUGCUUGGCAAUAGCUGUAUUGAAUUGGCGGCUCUUAGAAAUCAGGAUCUUGUAAUCUUGAUAUCAAGUGCAGUAAGAGAUUUAUGUCAAGCAGAAUUUGUAGCGCGCAGAGACAGUCAAAAUUUUCCCAUACCGUCAAUACCACCUAAAGAUUCUACAGGCUACGCACUGAAAGAAUGGACGCUCUUAAAUGUUUAUGGUGGUGGAUCAUUACUCGGUAAAAGUUGUCAAGGUACAUUAAAGCUAGCAGGACAUAAUGAGGAAAUACAGGAGGAAGGUUACAAAUUUGGCAAGCAUCUAGCUUUAGCUUGGCAGGCUUCCUUAGACUUAGGUUUAUGCCUUAGCAAUGAUAAAGAAAUCAUAUAUAAUUUAUGUGCUGCGCCAAUUAUGUUCCAUGUUGAACAUGAUCCAUCGAUUUUGAUCGAACUUGAUAAAGGUUUAGAAUCAGUUGAAAACAUUGAUUAUUUAAAGUUGCUUGACAUCGUCACAGCUGGUCCAGGCAUUGGAUUAACCAAAGAGCUUGUGAAGGAACAUUCGCAAAAAGCAAUGAAAAUCUUGAAUGUUUUUAAAGAAAGUGAUGCUAAAAAAGCAUUGUCUAAUAUUAUUGUUAGUGCAAAAACAUAG